GGCAGGGUAGGGAGCCCAGAAAGAUGGUAGAGUCCUGGUCAUAUAGCUGGGGCAGUAGUAAUGAUAGAGUGGCUGCCUGGCAAAUAAACUGGAAAAAGAAGGAGAAGAAAGAAGAAGAAGAAGAAAAGACAGCAGGAGAGGAGUGGGGAGAUGAAGUAGAGGAAUUAGAAAAGGAUGAAGAGGAAGAGGACCCCUGCCUAACUUUGGAGGUUCUAGAUGUGUUCAAGAGGCUCAUGGACAUAAAAUGUCCCUUCCUUGAGGGUCUUUAUAUCACCGAACCAAAAACAAUCAAACAGUUGCUAUGUAGCCCUUCAAUUUACCGUUUGACUAUUCUAGAAUGGUUGUUUGGAAGGCUGUAUCCUCCCUCUGAAGAAUUUUUUGCCACUUUUCAGGACCCCCAAGCUGAAGAGAAAAUAUUAGAGCUGGUGAGAAUAGGUCAUGAAUUGAUGUUGUGUGGACCAAAUGACCAGAAUCUCAUCGAGGGUUACGGCAAUGUGAAAAGGCAGCUCUGUUUCUUUAAACAGUUACUAGAUCUGGUCAGAAGUCUGGCUCCUGGAUAUGCCAACUUCUCAAGUGUAGAGAACUUCAACAACUUAGUGAAGAAAAAUGAGAAGCUGCUACACAAGUUGUUCAGUUCACAUCUCCAGGAGAUCCUAGACCCCAAACUGAGCCCUUUGCCGCUGGACAUUGAGUGCCACUUGAAGACAAAAGAAAAUCUGAAGUCAAGGGAGAGCAAGAUGGAAGAACUUUCUAAGAAACUGAAUGAGCUCACUGAAAUGCUCGAGGAGCUCAAAGAAUUUCCAGCCCUCCAAGGGAAAAUGCCCAGCAAAGGCAGCAGCAACGUGGGCCAGACUGUCCGUCUGACCCUCUCAGAUUUCCACCAGCUGAUCACUGCCUUUAUUCAUGUCUAUGAAACCGAAUGGAGGAAACACAGUAAGUCCCCCGCACCUAACAUCAACCAGUGUGGCCCGUUAUUUCAGUCUGUGUGUAAGACUCUGAUUCUCUACAGCCAAGAGCUGAAAGCUGUCGGAGAAGUCAUUCAUACCUCCAAGAAGGUAGAGGAAAUAGUAGAACAACAGCAACUAGACAAAGUCUGUUUGGGUAGAGAUGAGUACAUGAUGACUUUGGCCUCAAAAAUGGAAGAACUGAGACAAAAACACAAGCUCUUCAAAAAUUCUCUACAGAAACCCAAUGUAAGUAACAGUGGAAACUAAGGGACCUUUCCACUAAUCCUUAGGGCUCAGCUACUGCCCCUGGCUGGAAGAGGAGGAUUCACUGAAGCCUCCGGAGAUGUGGCAGAUUUUCUAAGGUGUUAUUAAUGGAAGAAGAUCAAGUGUGGUUAACCAAAACCUCUUUCCCAAAAGAAUGAGGGGCUAGUGUUGGGAAAACUAGAGUUUUAAUAAGUUGCUUUCCUCUUUGCCUUACUGAUGGCUUUUUGAUGAUGUGUGUUACAAAAACAAUUUA